AUGUAUUCUUCAUACAUUCUUGCAAGUCUCCCAUACCUGGCUCUGGCACUACCAAGCCACCAAAGCCACACCAAACGCGACACCACGCUUAUUCCAACAUCAUGUUUCGAUACGACCGCCUCGCUGACCCAGUACUUCAACUACGGCUAUCCAUGGGGCGACACACACAACGGUGCGGCCAUAAUGAAAGAGACUAACGCAGUAAUCUCGACCGCGGGGACCCUAACCCUGAACGCAACAUACACCGGGGCAUCGGACUACGCCUAUGACUCCGGCACGGUGUACGCCAAGCAGCAAUUUACCGUUGAAGCGGGCGGCGGGCUGGAUUUAACAGCCGAUUUCAUCGCGACGGUGGACCAGGGCACGUGGCCUGCUUUCUGGCUGAAUGGCGUGAACUCGUGGCCUCCGGAGAUUGACAUUGCGGAAUGGAAGGGCUCUGGAGAUAUUAGUUUCAAUACUUUUAAUUCCUCGAGCGAGGUGCAGGCCAAGGACGUCGAGUACCCGUCUCCGACCGAGUUCCAUACUGUGAAAGCUGAGUUGCGGGAUGAGAAUGGUGCCGAUGUUAGCGUUAAUUUCUACCUCGAUGGCACUUUGGUCACCACUCAAUACGCUGGGAGUUUGGUUGGCGAGCCGUUGAACUUGAUUAUUGAUUUGCAGAUGGAGGGGAGCAGUGGUAGUCCCGGUCCAACAGGAACAACGCUGUUCGAAAUCAAGAAUUUGGAGAUCAUCGACAAGAACCCUUGA